AUGUCUGGCGCAGCGCCGGAGCCGGAUCCUGUACCGGCAGAACUGGCGUCGGGACCUCUCGCGUUACAGGUUUUGGGCAAUCCCGAUAUUUUCGUAAACUGGCUUGCCCCCUUCCUCCUCGUGCGUGACCUAGGAAGGUUGGCCCGAGUGCGGAAGUGUAUUCACGAGGCAGCAGUGACGUGGGACGGAAAAUCGGUGGCUUCCGUGCACGUUAUUCAACAGAAAAAUUCCGGGAGACCGUUCAUACCUGGGUUCAGUUGGGAGCACCUUAAAGUGCUUCGAAUUGCUGCAAAUGCAAAAGGAGCUCGGUUACAAAUAGGGAAACUUUUUCUCUUGCCUUUAGCUGCCGUAAUGCAAUCUCUGGAAGGCCUGCAGUGUUUGUUUUUUCCAUCUAUUGAGGUGGUGGAGUGUCGACUUGCUGUGGACGACCGGGCUGGUCAACCCCAUGUUUUGCCCGUGUCGACGUGCCAGAAUUUCGCUCGGUCGGUGCUCGGGCUUACCGCGCUCCAGGUUUUGGAAAUUCCUUCACAACUGGCAUUGGCGUCCGUCAAUGUUUUCUCCGGAAAUGGCCGGCCGCGUGGUAACACCUCAAACAAAUCAAUGUGCCGCCUGCGAUCGUUGCAAAUUUACGGUUCGCGGCCAAUCAACUGGAACGAGUUGAAGACAAAGUCUCUUGUUUACCAGUUGGUAAUCGCGCCCGCAGCAGGAACUCUCCGGGAUCUUGGACUAUCGUUCGCUUGGUCGGACAAGCAGACGGCACAGAGUGAUACCGAUUCAGAGCUAGAUCCGCUCGUCCAUCCGGGUCAGGAAUUUUUUGAAAAGUCGCUUCCUCUGCUGGAGACGCUGCGCCUUUUUUGUCGCGGCGACAAGCUUUUUUCCAUGCCAUGGUACGGGAAUAUCCAAAUGCAGAGAUUGAAGCACAUACAGUUCGGCAACGCCCAUCUUUUUGAAGCUGUCCAGCCGAUGGGAGUGACAAAUGCUCUUCCUUUCAAGGACCUGGAAAGACUAGAAUUCUGUGGUGUUUCUAUCAGUGCGGACGACCCUUCGGUGUGGAUCUCUUUUUUGUCAACUUUGUCUCUUCGGCGACUGCGUCUUGAGCGGGUCGAGAUGGCGGAAAUUCAGAUCGGAGUCUUGCUUGCGGUCCUGUCGGACAAGAUAGGAGGAUGCGCCACCCUAAACGCGGGGUCGCGUGCUGAAAUUCUGCGACAAGCUGAUGCCGCACGAAGAAAGUCUGCGGGGCGGCAACUUCUUCUUUAA